GCAACUAGGGUUCUAAUUCUGGGUUUAGGGUUCUUGCAAGAAUGGCGCGAUGGAACGACGAGCGCCUUGGAAUGCUGGCCGAAGGGAUCCGGCUGUGUUUCUCGCGGUGGACAGCGCUGCAGCUGGCCGUGGAGAAUGAGUGGGGCGGCCGCAAUUCUGUCCAGAAAUCGCAGCAGCUGGUCGAGGAUGUAGUUUCCUUCCUCACGCAGACCAAAGGAACGCUCUAUAUCGACGAUCUGGAAGCAUUGCUCGAGGACGCAAUGAGUGAAUCGUUUAACACGGAUCUGGAAGAUGGAAGUCACGAAGAGGUAGCGGAAAUAGUGAUGUUCUUGAACGAAGAAUGCGGUGUCGGGAACUUCGAGCGCGUAAAGAGCAUGGCUUUGUCGGCGAAUCCUAGCUCCGGAGCUCAGAAAAAAUCGAUUUGCAAGGAUACAGAGGAAAGCAACGAUGACGAGAGUGGAGAGGUCGCAGAGCUCUCAUCGACGAGCAACCUUGAGAAAGAACCAGCAAGCAUUCCCGAGACAAUGGACAUCGAUAAAUCGAACGAAACCGAGGCCCCAGAGGACGAUUGGACAGUAGUUCAAUCUCGACGAAGUAGAAGAGGAGGAAAACGACCAGCUUGAUCAUUAUCCUGCGAUCGAUCGAUCGUGCUCACGCGAAGACGAAGAAAAGGAAUUUAUUCGUUCCACCAGUUUUGAGCAUCACUGCGGAUCUAUCGAAGCAAAAUGUUUUGGAUGAUCCUGCUCAAGGAGAUACAGAAUGAAAACGAAAGAGAAGAGAAUCUAAUUAUUUCACCAGUUGCGAGAA